UCACAUUUGUCCCUCCCCGCGCACCGUACGCUACGUCAGCCUUCGAGGCGAGCUUUAGCUAAGCUACAGUUAGCUUCUUUAGCCCUGCUAUGGCGUUUACCUUGUAUUCAUUAAUCCAAGCAGCCAUCCUUUGUGUAAAUGCUGUGGCUGUGUUACACGAAGAAAGAUUUUUAAGUAAAAUUGGCUGGGGGGUGGACCAAAGCGUUGGAGGAUUUGGAGAUGAACCAGGCAUCAAAGUACAGCUGAUGAACCUGAUCCGCUCCGUGAGGACGGUGAUGAGAGUGCCUCUGAUCGGCGUGAACGCAGUCUGCAUCGUGCUGUUGCUUCUGUUUGGAUAACAAGAUGAAGUUGGGAUAAACUGGAGAUUAGGUCUGCUUCGGCAGCCUUUUGGAUAAACAAUCGCACAAAAGUCCUUGUGGGCCUAAAUAUGAAUGUCUUUUUAUUAGAGGAUGGACAAAGUUUUCAGUUACAAGUCUUUUUCCACAGAUAAAAACGAUGAGAUAGCAGGUUCAUAUAUGUCACCAAUUCCGACUAUUACAGUGUGAUUCAUAAUCUCUAAUUCUGUAAAUAAAUUAAAAUUGUGUGUAUUUUGUGAAAAUGCUCAAGAAUAAAGAAGUUUCGAGGCUCAAA